AUGGCAUAUCAAAAUGCUGUGCAACUUCAUAUCGCUGAACAAUUGGAAAAUAUUUUCGAUUAUAAUGGAAGACCGCGUUUUCAUAUAAGGGAUGAUCCAUUUGAAUUAUCAGAACGACAGUUCAUAAAUCUUUUUCGAUUGAAAAAAGAAACAGCAAACAGACUUAUUAAUAUUGUGGAAGACAAUUUUGUAGAACCAUCACGAUCUUCAGCUUUGGACGCGACUGUACAAGUUUUAGUUGCAUUACACUUUUAUGGAUCAGGCAGCUAUCAGAAUUGCAUAGGAAAAAAUAUUCACAUGGCUAUUAGUCAACCUUCGGUUAGCAGAUGUGUUCGAAAUGUGACUAACAUUCUUAAUUUACCAGAAAUAUUCAACGAUUGGGUGUGUUUUUCUAACACCUUUCAGAAGCUGCAACAACUACGUAACAAAUAUGUGAUUCUGAUCUUAAGAUAAUGAAUGUUAAUGCCAGAUAUCCUGGAAGUACUCACGAUUCGUAUAUCUGGAAUAAUAGUAAUGUUCUUCCUAUUAUGCAAGAUAUUUACAAUCGUGGACACAGCUUUUUUUUAUUAGGUGAUUCUGGUUAUGCUCUUAGACCUUGGAUGAUGACUCCAAUAAUGGACAAUAAUCCUAAUAUUGGAACAAGUAGAUACAAUGAUCGGCAAAAGAGCACUAGAUCACUUAUUGAACGUUGCAAUGGUGUCUUGAAGAUGAGAUUUCGUUGCUUGUU